AUAGCGUGCUGCUUUAAUUACCGUUAGCAUUUAAUAACUUCCAUUGUUAGUGUUCAAUGUCGUCCUAAAUAUCAUUUAUUUACCAAGACGCUCUCUACGAUAUUUUUAUUUUAUCGGUGACAGUCGAUUCACUAUGACGAAUUUCAGACAGAUUCUGUUGGCAUUAGCGACGCUACAAUGGGCAGGAGUAGUGACAUGUACCCCUUUACUACAAGGAGUCAAAAUCACGAGGGAUUUUAAUAUCGACUUCAAACCAUUCCAGUUCCGGCCUAUCUCGUAUAUAAUGGAAAAAUGGGGGCCAUUUGGAGCGUUCGGGAAGAAAUAUGCGAUUGCAAAAAGAGAUCUUGAUGCAGUGAACAUAACGCCACCACCAUUGCAAGUAUCCGGAGUGUCAAGCGUGGGGCCCGCGUUCGCGAGUCCUGCGCCGGCGCCGGUGGUCGAGGUCACGCCUGACCUCCCUCCUCCUCCAGUGAACAUUCCCCCUAUUCCUGUUCUCAGCAGCAUACCACCGACCGCUAUCAGUAACGACAUUUUCCAAGACGUAAUUCCAGUUGCUCCUGUGGGCAAUCGUGUAAUAGGCCCGGAUUUCAUUUCCAACAGAUUAACGGGUUUAAACACUGACAUUAGAAUGCCCUUACCGCAGAUUAAUAAUCCAACGCCUGUUUUUGAUAAUACACCUCUUAGAGUAAAUUUGUUGCCGCCUGUGGUGCCUCCAGUGCCCCAAACAAAUAUCCAAGCACCAGCCGAGCAACCACCACCUGAGACUCCUUCGAGAGGAGGAGUCAUAGCUCGCAUGUUUGGAGAAUUCAUUCUUCAACUGAUCUCAAGGAUUAUUACUAAUGCUAGGUCAUCUUUCAGUCAACUUUCUAGCAGGGUGCAGUAA